CAGAGCUCCCUCCCUCUUUGUGUUUACUGUUAGAAGCAGAGCAGUAUGUUUGAGUCGAGCAUGGGUAAUGGACAAAUUGUCGCCUCAGGCCAGAAACCAUAGGACGCCAGCGAUCUGAUCAAUCCAGGAUGUGUUCAGGCAAAGCAUAAAACCUUAAACACAGGGAAAAACACAAGGAUCUAAAAUGGAUCUCAGAGCCAAGCAUGGUUUGACGCUGUUGGAGCAGCUAAACCGCAUGCGGGAGACUGAGCAGUUGACAGAUGUUGUGCUAAUAGCUGAAGGUGUCAGCUUCCCAUGUCACCGUGCAGUGCUCUCUGCAUUCAGCCCCUACUUUCGUGUAAUGUUCACCUGCGGCCUGCGUGAAAGCACCAGUCGUCAGGUGGAAUUAAGAGACAUGCCGGCACAAAGCUUGGCCCUUUUGUUGGAAUACAUGUACAGCUCCAAUCUCCCACUCACUGCAGCCAACGUGCAGGGGAUCUCUGUUGCUGCAUUUCUCUUACAGAUGGAUGACGUGUUCAGCCGUUGUCAGAUCUACAUGAUUGACAACAUGGAUACAUCCAACUGCCUGGGCAUCUAUUACUACGCCCGGGACCUGGGGGCAGAGGAGCUGGCCGAUCAAGCUCAACGCUACCUGCGGCAACACUUUACGGAAGUGUGCCUUGGUGAGGAGGUGCUGGAGUUGGAGGCACACCAGCUAGGGGCGCUAAUCGGCUCAGACGACCUGAACGUUUCACGGGAAGAGAGCAUUUUGGACGUGGUGAUGCGGUGGGUGAAGCACUGCACUGGCGGCGUAGAGUCAGAAGUGGAGAACCGUGCCAGACACCUACCAGAACUCUUAAGGAAAGUACGUCUUCCCCUGGUCGGUGAAGAUUACUUAAAAGGGACAUUGAAACGGAACACAACACUGCUGACCGAUGCCGAAUGUCUUGAAAUAAUGGAACAGGCCAUUGAAACGGCAAGCAUGGAUGCACAUGCUCCACCUCGCCGACUGAAACUGCGCUACGGCAUGGAGACCACAGAUCUUUUGCUCUGCAUCGGUAAUGAUGGCGGAGGGAUACGUUCGCGUUACGGAAGUUACACCGAGCGGAGCUUCUGUUACGCUCCCAAUACCGGACGAACACUUUUCAUUACCUCACCACGAUACGGCGAUGCACUCGGAUACGUCUGUGCCGGGGUGGUGACCGAGAAGAAUCUGAUUAUUGUGUCGGGAGAGCUAGGAGCUCGAAAGAUGUCAAGACAGAAAGAAAGAAACGUCGAGAUUUUCAUGUACAACAAGGAAGCCCAAGGUAGCUGGAAACACUUGAGUUCAGCAGAAUAUCGGGACUCUUAUGCCCUGAGCUCUCUGGGAGAGAACCUGUAUCUGAUUGGUGGUCAGAUGAAGCUGAAGAAUCAGUAUCUCAUCACCAAUAGUGUUGAACGCUGGUCUUUACAUGGUGGGCCUUGGCGUAGUGCUGCCCCUCUGCCCAUGCCCCUUGCCUAUCACAGUGUAGUUCGCAUGAAGGGCCGCCUGUAUGUGCUCGGGGGGCGAACCCCACAGUCAUACCGGACAGAUGACGAGCCUGACCGUAUGAGUAACCGGCUGCUUGAAUAUGACCCAGAAACAAACAAGUGGAGCGAACUUGGCCCAAUGAAAUAUUCAAAAUACCGCUGCAGUGCGGUUGCGCUCAAUGGAGAAAUCUAUGUACUGGGUGGUAUCGGGUGCGAAGGUGUGGAUCGUGGGCAGUCACGUCACUGUCUUAAUGUAGUGGAGAUCUACAACCCUGAUGGAGAUUUCUGGAGAGAUGGUCCUCCUUUACCAUACUCUCUCCUAUCACUACGCAGCAAUGCUUCAAAUGCUGGUGUGGUUGACGGGAAACUUUAUGUCUGUGGAUACUACAAAGGAGCAGAUCGUCAUGAUAUCAUCACUAAAGACAUCCUGCAGUUGGACCCCUGGGAAAAUGUAUGGACUGUAGUGGCAAAGCAGGCACUGAUGCACGACUGUUACGAUGUAUGUUUGGUGGCUAAUAUGAAUCCUCGUGGACUCAUUCCCCCUCCUGCUGACUUGGUAGAUGAAUGACAUUUCUCUGAUGGUGAUUUCUCAUAAAAAUUAACUUUAUAUGUGAUCUGCUGUAUAAGACAGAAGAGCAAGUGCCACUAGACAUAAGGAUAACAAGAUAGAAAUAGAAGAGGGCUUUCAAAAAUGGUAGAAUUUGCUAACUAUUUAUGCCAAUUUUAAUGUUUUUUUUUUCAUUAAUUUUACCACUAGCUGAAGAAUACAAUGUGUUGAAUGCAUAUUAAACAAUGCAUGGUCGAUGCUAAAAUAUUAUUUUUAUUAGCGAAGAAACAAUGCAUUGCAUGGAGGAAAAGAAUAUAUGUAACGUUUAGCAGUCUAUGCAAUUUAUUAAACAAUGUUACUUAACAAUAGCGUAACAAUUCCAAAA